AUGGCCUAUAUCAACGGACAGCAGUGGCAUAGCAAAACGCGUCCUGAGCCUGCAUAUCUGGCGUGCCGUCCUCGUCGUCUUCCUAACCAGCAUGGAGCAGUUGGAAAUGGUAUUCGUCUUCCCCACAAGUCAGCGCCAGCUUCAGGUUCCACCAGCCGGGAUCCGGAAAGAUAUCAGACUCACUGCAAGCUCAAAGCGUCACCGCAUUUGGCAGACUUAUUUCCUUCCGAUGAAGAGCCCGUGGCCACAACACUAGCGGAACUAGUAGCUUCGUCUAUUGCUGACGAAGAGCCUAUGUCCGAAAUAUCAGCACUGGCGAUAACUCCAUCUUCUUCGAACGCAGACCCUGAUCCUGACUCCAAAGAGCCGACACAACUCGAUCAAGAACCGAAAUCGCUGUACAUCAGAGAUUGGAAAUCCGCACUUUUUUACAAGCAUAGUUCCCCUCGCCGACCAUAA